AACCUCCUGAGGGGUGGGAGCGGGCCGGGGGAUUGCUUGUGUCUUUUUGCUGUGCUGAAGGGAGACGGGCCGGGCAUGAGGAGCCGCCGCGUCCCGUACAGGUUAUUUAAUCAGCCGCUAUUUUGAAUAAGAAGGAAAAACAAUGAUGUCAAGGCAGGCCUUUCUCUGCAGUUUGGGAUCUCUGUAUUUGUCCCUUCUGUUUGUAUUUCUUCUGAUGGAUGUUUAUGCAAGGCCUGCAAAUAAUUCAGCCCUCAAAGAGAAGCCAGCUGACAGUAGGGAUGAGAAUGAGAUCUUGCCUCCAGAUCACUUGAAUGGGGUCAAAAUGGAGAUGGAUGGACAUCUCAACAAAGAAUUUCAUCAAGAAGUUUUUCUGGGAAAAGAGAUGGAAGAGUUUGAGGAAGACUCAGAACCCAGGAAAAACAGGAAGAAGCUCAUGGUCAUCUUUUCCAAAGUGGAUAUAGAUAAUGAUAAAAAGAUAAGCGCUAAAGAGAUGCAGCGCUGGAUCAUGGAGAAGACAGAUGAACAUUUCCAGGAAGCUGUGGAAGAGAAUAAAAUGCAUUUCCGAGCUGUGGACCCUGAUGGUGAUGGUCACGUUUCCUGGGAUGAAUAUAAAAUUAAAUUUUUGGCAAGUAAAGGACUUAAUGAAAAAGAGAUUGCAGAGAAGAUCAAAAACAACGAAGAGCUGAAAAUAGAUGAAGAAACACAGGAAGUUUUGGAUAACCUGAAGGAUCGGUGGUACCAAGCUGACAACCCACCUCCUGAUAUGUUAUUGAACGAAGAAGAGUUCUUAUCCUUUCUUCAUCCAGAGCACAGCAGGGGAAUGCUGAAGUUUAUGGUCAAAGAAAUCAUCCGAGAUUUGGAUCAAGAUGGAGAUAAGAAGCUUACCCUUUCAGAGUUCAUUUCAUUACCUGUCGGUACUGUAGAGAACCAGCAAGCUCAAGACAUUGAUGAUGAUUGGGUAAAAGACAGAAGGAAGGAAUUUGAGGACGUCAUUGAUGCUAACCAUGAUGGUAUUGUCACGAUGGAAGAGCUGGAGGAAUAUAUGGAUCCUAUGAAUGAAUACAAUGCCCUAAAUGAAGCGAAGCAAAUGAUAGCGGUCGCAGAUGAAAAUCAAAACCAUCACUUAGAGCUGGAGGAGAUCCUGAAAUACAGCGAAUACUUCACAGGCAGCAAACUUAUGGACUAUGCACGUAACGUCCAUGAGGAGUUCUGACCUUGCUCGCUUUUCCAGAGCUCUGAAGCACUUUCCUGCUUUUGAAAAAAAACAAAAAAAAUCAACACUCACAAAGUUUCCUUGCUGCUAUCUGUGUUAUAUGCGUACUGUGUUGUACUAGACUAAAAAACCUUCCGUCCAUAUAGAAGAUCUACAGCUUUGUUGCCUUUGGUAUGUAAAAUUAGGAACCAAGCCCAAAAAUAACGAGGCAGGUACUGGACUGCGUGAGUUCACCCUGUUUUAUACAGAUAAUCCAGCUGAAGUUCCAGCUGCUUUUGGCUAAUUGCAUUUGGUGGAGGCAUCUUAAAUAUUUAACUUGUUGCCCUCAUAGCUGCUGAUCCAUGGGAAAUCACCAAUAAACACUGAAAGAUAUUGGCUUUUGUAAAGGGGACUGUGGUUCAGAUAAGUGUUCUAACCUCAUGAGGAUAUCCAUUCAUAGACUGAUUGGGAAUACUUCUGUUUUGCUCAGCAAAUCAUCCAUUUGUAUUUUGUUUACGGUCAUAUCCAUUUCAAAGUUUUGUGUUUUUUUUUUUUAAUUAAGAAAAUCAGUAAAUAGUAUCAAGAUGAUACUGCCUGGGCUGUUCUUGCUAUGUGUGUUUUUUUCCAGUCAUGCUCAGUUCUUUUCUUACUGUUCACUGAUCUGUGUAGUCAAUACACAUCUAAUGAUAUCUGUACUCAGUAUCAAUGGGUUACUUGGUUAUUGUCAUUGUUUAUGUCUUGAGAUACAGUUCUUACUGGAUUUUACUUUGCUUAAGAGUUGAACGCUGUUGUUGAUUCGUGAUAGGAGUUCCAGCAAAUGCUGUUCUCAUAGUCUGUUUCCAGUAACUGUUGCAGGUAUUUGUGAGUCAGGAGAAAAGAUGAUAGCCAUAUUCCUGAGAUUCCUCGUUCAUCUGUGAUAAUCCAGUACAUUUUUCAAGGCAUCUCAACCUAGCUAUGCACUGUUGAGAAUUUAAUCCAGGUUCUCCUGCCGGAAGAGAGCUUUAAGAGCUGUGAAAAGAGCUUGCUUUAAACGUUAGAGAAUCUCUUCUGCAUCUACUUAAAAAGAAAAGUGGUGCCAGGUUUUUAUUUUUCUGUGCAUUUCAGAGGCUGCACAGAGCACGGGGCUUCGCCUAGAUGUAUGAUUCCUACUGAACUAAAAGUGGUUGUUGAGACUGGUGUAGGUACUUAUGUUUGUACAAAUUAGUGAUGCUGAUGAGCUCACGAACGUUAAGGUUGGGAGAAAUACGUUCUUUGCUUUUGAAUUGCUUUUGACAGAGCAAAGUGCAGUCAGCACUUGGGAAGGUUUUUAAUCGGUCUGGUUUUGGGUAAUCCCUGACAGUCUCGUGCAACGCAGAGGUCAUACCCACUACUGUCUAAAUAAAGUAUUUUUACGCUGGUUUCAUCUUUACUGUAAAAGCCCUCUUUCUGAAGGGUUGCCUGAAAAAUCCGAUUAAGAUGUUAUAUUUGAUUAAAUUUAUUCUCUUAAUAUAAUGUAAAUAUAAGCAUUACUGUCUUUCUGUUUCAGUAUUCCCUACUUUUUGUUGGUUUGUUUUUGUUAAAUGGCUUGUUUCAGAGUCUUUAUAUACAUAUAUCAUUUUGUAUUGAGUUUUUUUUUCUCUGUGGUUUGGAAAUGUUCUGGUUUUAGGUUUCUCAAUGAAUGGGAAGAAUUGAAACCCAUCAGAGGAGAAUUUCAUUUGUAUUAAAGCAUCAUUAACAAGAA